UUCAUCUACAAAUGCACGGCCACACUGAGCUCUACGUGUUAUUCAUUUCUUAAUUGCGCGUUGCUUUAAUUUGUGGUGAGCAAAACAGGAGCUAGGCGACGUCGGCAGUUGUGCAAUAAUUGUUAAUAACCGUCUGCGUGAAUCUCCCUCCACUUGGCAAAUCGCUUUUUGCAGGCUGCCGCGGCCGUAGCAGAUACUCCUCUUCUCGUAGCCGUGCCCGUGCCCGUGCCCUUUUCCAAAAUGAAAUUGCUGGUCGUGUGCCUGUUUGUGGGCCUAUUUUCCGUGAACUUGUGCGAUGAUGCUCCCCCUACAACAGUCGUAACCAAACCAACUACGACAGAGGCAACUACUGUUCCAGUUACGCCUUCGGUCAAUACUACCACUCCGGUCACCACCCCUCCAACAGUCCCAACAACGAUCUCUACGAAGGCGCCGGACACGACAACUGCUCCGCCAGAUACAACAACUGCUGCGCCAGACACAACAACUCCAAAGACGACCACGGUGCCCACCACCACAUCUUCGACUACUGCAGCCACUACAACAACAAGCAGCACGACCCCAGCCACUACUACCACUUCGACCACGCCGUCUCCUAACUCGACAACCACAACCGAGCCGCCACACACAUCGACCACUCCGGCUCCGAAGCCGCCGCCGUGCGGCCGCUUUGAUGGAUCCUCAUUCAUUGGGGGCAUCGUGCUCACCCUGGGCCUACUUGCCAUCGGACUGGUGGCCUACAAGUUCUACAAGGCCCGCAACGAGCGCAACUACCACACCCUUUGAGCCGCCACCGCCUUCACGUCGGCCUUCAAUGCGGCAGCCGGAGCGGCGGCGGCUAGCAGCAGCGCCGCAGCCACAGAUGCGGAGCGUGUGCGGUUUGUCCAGCCAUCCAUACCGCUGCGAUCGCCGCCGGCGCAACCGCCUCCGCCGCCACCCAACUCAGGUGGUGGCAGCGGGGGCGGAGCGGCGGCAGCUCCGCAGAAUUGCUCGCCGUCGGCCCGGGACCGGCUGCUGCACACGUAAUUUAGAAGCGGGGAAUACUACAACUACACAUAACUACAAUAUUAUUGCUAUCCAAAGAGCCCCGCCCGCACCCAAAACCAAUCCAAUUCAACACAACAGUAGAGUCAGGUUUUAAAUUCCACGAUAACCCCCAGAGCGGAUUCAAUGCGAGACAGAUAGGAGGAAUGAGCUAGCUCCCGAUUCUUGAUAACUUCCUUAUCGGCCGACACACACACAAUAUUUGUCCACACAUCCAUAUAUGUAAGAGGUACUUUUUCUUUUUGCAAAAAACACCAGUUUAUCAGCAACUUGAGCGGAUGUUCAGCGCCUUACACAGACGGAGAAAGUGGGGGGAGGGUCCGAGAUCCAAGGGCGACUGUAAAGUGAACAGAUAAAUGAAUAAAUAAAACGAAGAAAGAGGAAAGGAGGAGCAGGAGGAAAGAGACUUGAGGAGAGGAGAAUGAACAAAUAACAGCAAAUAUGUGAGACUGCUUGAGAUAGCGAGAACCGUGGACAUAACACAGAAAUCCGAAGGAAAGCGGCUGGCUGGCGACGGCUUCGUUUCUGGGAUUCAAUAUAGAGCUACGAAAGGAAUAUAUAAAUUUUGAUUAUAUUUACACGGAUUUUGAAUAACUCGAAAAAUCAAUUCAUUAUAUAGGAACUAAGAAUAUUUACUACCUUAACGAGCUAUACAAAAAACGUAAAAAAAAGAAAACCAAACGGGAAACGCGUUUCUAAUUCCUCCCUUAAUGUGCAUUUUUUUUUUUGUUUUGUUUCCCCCUUCUUUUUGCCUCGUAAAAUAACGUUCUUUUCGCCCACUUAUCGAUUCUCCUGCUAGGGUAGGGAGGUGGCAUUGCAAAAAUUAAUAAAGCGACUCGCCGCGAUGCACAGCAACAGGAUACAUGGCGGGACGUGCGUUUAUAUGCAAUAUAUAAAUACAUAAGGUCCGAGGAGGAGCAAGGAUAAAUAGAGUUGAGAACAGAAGUCCCAAUGUUAAUGCAUAUACGCAAUGUUGAAUAUUUUGUACUAGGAUUGAAUCUAUACAUAUGAAUUACCAUUACCUUUGCCCGCUGCUUACUGUUGGCUAAAUAAUACAAAUACUAUACCUUUGAAGCUACAAAAAUCGAACACAAGAACCCGUCAAUGAACUCUGUGCACAUGGAAAAUCUCAUAAGUAUAUAAGCUAAAGUAACCCAAUCAAUGAAUGUAUAUCCAGUAAAUCACUCAGCCGGCUUACUAAAAUAUAUAUAUAUAUAUACAUAUAUAUGAAUAUAUCUAUGUCUGUAUAUCGUGUACGAUAAUAAAUAUUUUAAACAUUUAAAA